AUCUAACGUGGCAAGAAAGGAUCGGUCCAAUCCUUUAAAGGCUAUGCGUACCAAAACAAAGGUUGGAUCAAUCACCAAGCACCGCAUUCGCGCACUUGGAGUUGGAGGUCAUCUUGGACAAGGGUAGUCCAAAGAAUAAAUAAAGGUGCCAUGCACUCCGCCACUCCAACCGUGUGCACGCCUCGCCAACCGUGCAGAACCCCAGCGCCUCUCUCCUCUAUCGUAUCCCCUCAUCUUUUUAACCCUUCACUAUCUCUCCGUGUAUCGCGCAAGAAGUUACCGCCAAGCCCACCUCCAUCGCCAUCUUCUCCGAGAAAGGGAAAAGAAAAUGCCGUCGAUACGAAACCUACUGACCGAGAGAAAAUACCCUUUCCUCCUAGCCCUUGCCUUCUUUCUCCUAUCCAUCCUUCUUCUCUUCCUCUUCUCGAACCCCACCAAUAGCCUCUUCUCCUCCUACUUCCCCUCCCUUGGAGAACUCCAAGCCUCCACCCACCCCCUCCCACCUCCUCCCUCCCGCCCCUCUCCCAUCCCAAGCCCUGACCCCCUCCCCAAUGCAAACCCUAAUCCUAUCGAAUCUGUCGAGGACGUUGGAAGCGACGAAGUGUUUGAGUUCCGAUGGGAGAUCUGUCAACGAGGGAAGGGGUUCGAUGUGGUGGAUUACAUACCUUGUCUUGAUAACAUCAGGGCGAUCAAGGAGCUCAAGUCGAGGCGGCACAUGGAGCAUCGAGAGCGGCGUUGCCCCAAGCCGAGCCCGAGUUGCCUCGUCCCCCUGCCCCCGGGUUACAAGGUGCCGGUGCCGUGGCCCAAGAGCAGAGACAUGAUUUGGUAUAACAAUGUUCCUCACCCUAAAUUGGUUGAGUAUAAGAAAGACCAAAAUUGGGUGCAGAGAUCUGGUGACUAUCUUGUUUUCCCUGGAGGCGGAACUCAAUUUAAACAGGGAGUAACAAGCUACAUUCAGUUCAUUGAGCAGAUUCUGCCAACUAUUGAAUGGGGGAGGCGCACAAGAGUUAUCCUGGAUGUUGGUUGUGGUGUUGCAAGCUUUGGUGGAUGCUUGCUGGACAAAAAUGUCAUAACCAUGUCGUUUGCCCCAAAGGAUGAGCAUGAAGCUCAAAUACAAUUUGCUUUGGAGCGUGGAAUUCCAGCCUUUCUUUCUGUAAUUGGAACCCAAAAGCUUACUUUUCCUGAUAAUGUAUUUGAUUUAAUUCACUGUGCAAGGUGCAGGGUCCACUGGGAUGCAAAUGGUGGAAAGCCUUUGUUGGAUCUUAAUAGGAUUCUGAGGCCUGGAGGGUUUUUUGUAUGGUCUGCAACACCGGUUUAUCGUGAUAAUACAAGAGAUCAAACCAUCUGGAAUGCUAUGGUACUUUUGACAGACUCCAUUUGCUGGAAGAUGGUGGUGAAAUCUAUGGAUGCUACUGGAAUUGGAGUUGUAAUAUAUCAGAAGCCUGUUUCAAAUUCCUGCUAUGAGCAGAGAAAAAUAAACAAUCCAUCUUUGUGUUUGCAGAAGGAUGGACCUAACAUUUCAUGGUAUGCUCCCCUUGACAGUUGUCUUUCUCCACUCCCAAAUAGGUCUGGCAAAGAAUACAAUUGGCCUAUUUCCUGGCCUGAGAGACUUAAAACUCGAAUUUCAAGUGUGCCUCAGGAACUGAAUGGGAUGUAUGCUGAAGAAAAAUAUGAUGAUGACAUGAAGCACUGGGAAACACUUGUAUCAGAAGCAUACUUGCAUGAUCUUGGGAUCAGCUGGUCCAGUAUUCGUAAUGUAAUGGAUAUGAAUGCUGGUUUUGGAGGGUUUGCAGCAGCACUUAUCAAUCAGCCUCUCUGGGUUAUGAAUGUAGUACCUGUCCAUGGACCUGAUACUUUACCCAUUAUCUUUAAUAGAGGGCUGAUUGGCAUAUAUCAUGACUGGUGUGAAGCUUUUAAUACAUAUCCCCGAACAUACGAUCUACUCCAUUCCACUUUUCUUUUCGGGACUCUUACGCAAAGGUGUAACAUCAUAGAAGUGGUGGCAGAAAUGGACCGAAUAUUGAGACCUGGUAAAUGGAUUUUGAUCCAAGACUCCAUAGAAAUGAUAAGGAAGAUGCAUCCCAUUUUACAAUCGCUCCACUAUGAGACCACCCUCUACAAGCGGUGGUUUCUUGUUGGUAAAAAGGAUUUUUGGCGUCCUGAUCAUAAAGAAUCCACAUCAUGAUCUUAGGUGUUGCCUGACACUUCAUCAAUUUUUGGUCAAAGCAAAGGCAUAUUUCACAAGAUCAUUGUUUCUUGUUGGUAAAAAGGAUUUUUGGGGUCCUGAUAAUAAAGAAUCCACAUCAUGAUCUUAGGUGUUGCCUUACACUUUACCAAUGUUUGGUCAAAGCAAGGCAUAUUUCACAAGAUCAUUGUUUCUUGUUGGUAAAAAGGAUUUUUGGGGUUCUGAUAAUAAAGAAUUCGCAUCGUGAUCUUAGGUGUUGCCUUACACCUUAUCAAUUUUUUGUUAAAGCAAGGCAUAUUUCACAAGAUCAUUGUUCUAUCACUAGUUUACCCACCAUUCCUGAUGAGGAGGUGUUGAAAUUCAUCAUAGAAAAAGCAGUGAUUUCCAUUCCAUUUAUCAUUGCGAAUUGCGAGUAGGCUGCAUCGGUGAAAUCAGCUGGUCCCAAAUAAAUGUGAAAGCUUGCUGGUUGCUGAAUGGUUAAAAUGGGAAAGCUUGCUGGUUGCUGAAUGGUUAAUUUCGUUGUCUCAUGGGAACAGAAGUUCUGGUCAUUCUUAUUCUCAAUGGCUGUUCUUGUAUUCCAACAACAAUUUAUAGAAGAUUGAUCAACCAUUUAGUUGUGACGAUAAGCUGGUAAGUUCUUUUUUUUUUUUUUUUGUCUUAUCUUUUGAAUGUGAAGUACUUGCACAGACGCAAUGCCGCUGAUGGUUUGGCUCUUUUGUCUGUAAAUUUCAAGGUUAGACAGGAGUUUGGGUAUUUUAUUCUCUUAUUGUUUUGGUACAUUUAUCUUUUUUGGAUGGUAUUUGUCUUUGUGCUUUGAAUUUUAGUUCUAAGAUUGUCCUGCCAGGAAAAGUUAUAUAUGAAAUUAAGAAUUUAGCUUUCCAUCUAAA